CAACCUUGAAGAAAAUAAUCAGGAUUUUAUUGAUGAUCAUGUACCAAUUGAAAUAACUCCAACCAAUUGUGACUCCCCAUUUCAAUUCAUUAAUGAAGAUAAAAAAGGAAACAAUGAACAAACACUUUCAAUUCAACAACCCACAACCCAACCAAUAUCGCUUCCAUGUGAUAGUGAAAAAACUAAGCAAUCUAAAAAAAAGAGCAAAGAACAAAAAAAAACAAUGAAAAAAUUAAAGUCUGUAGAUUUUUCAAUUUUUAAAAUUAAUUUAUUUGAUUUAAUUAAUCAAAUUUAUUUAAAUCUUUCAAAAAUUGGAACAGAAGAUGAAAAAAUAUCAAGUGUUUUCAAUUUGUAUGAUAUUUAUAAUAAAGGUUUUAUUUCUAGAAAUGAUUUAAAAGAAGUUUUAUUAUAUAGAACAAAUCAAAAUGGUUUAAAACUAUCAGACUUCACUUUAGAAAGUUUAAUGGAUCAUAUUUUUGAGCAAUUUGAUAAGAAUGCAGAUGGUUUUAUUGAUUUUAAUGAAUUCAAACAAGAAUUAAAAAACAAUGACAAUGAAAACAAAUCAAAAUACAACAAGGGUGAUAUAGAAAUGAACAAAGUCGAAGAAAAUGAAAAUGAAAAUGAAAAUGAAAAUGAAAAUGAGAUUGAAGGUGAAGAAAACUCAUCAAAAUAUAAUAUUAAAAGGUAUUUCAAAAUUGAAGGUUCAAAAUUAUUUUUUAUGGCCUUAUUCUUAAUAGUCAAUAUCACAAUUUUAAUUUAUAGCUUUUUCUUGGUACAUGAUAAAAACCAAAAAGCAAUUCAAUUAUUUGGCCCAGGUUUAUACAUUACUAGAGUUGCUGCACAAUUAAUCGAAUUUAAUGCAGCUAUGAUUCUAAUAACAAUGUGUAAACAAUUAUUCACUAUGGUUAGAAAUACAAGAUUUAGAGGUCUAUUCCCAGUUGAUAAAUACAUGACAUUCCACAAACUUAUUGGUUAUACUCUAUUAGUCGCGUCACUACUUCAUACAAUUGGUUGGAUUGUUGGUAUGGCAAUUGCUACAGGCAAACCCGAUGCCUUGUUUUACGAUUGCUUGUACCCACACUUCGAAUACAGACCUACAGUUUGGCAAAUGAUAUUUAACAGUUUACCUGGUGUCACUGGUGUAAUUAUGAUUUUAAUAAUUAUAAUUAUGUGUACUUUAGCAAUUAAAACAAUUAGAAAAUCAAAUUUUGAGCUAUUUUAUUAUAGUCAUCAUUUAUUUAUUGGAUUUUAUGUACUCUUAAUAUUACAUGGAACAAUGGGAUGGAUUAGACCACCUACAUUUUGGAAAUGGUUUAUUGGACCAGGAUUUUUAUAUGCAGUCGAUAGAGGUUUUAGACUUUUUAAGAAAACUUAUAAAGUUAAUGUAGUUGAUUUUUCAUUGAAAAAUGAAAGAGUAAUCAAUUUAACCUUUUCUAAACCUUCAUCAUUUAAUUAUAAACCAGGUCAAUAUUUAUUAAUAAAUAUUCCCCAAAUUUCCAGAUUACAAUGGCACCCAUUCACCAUGACAUCUUCACCAUUAGAGGAAAAUGUACAUGUACAUAUUAGAGUAACAGGUGGAUGGACUAGAAAACUAUUCAAGUGGUUAUCAAACAUUAAACAAGAAAGAGAAAGAAGAAUUAAUAGUGGUGAAACAACUAUAGAUGCAAUUGAAAUUGAAAUGGAAAAAGAAAAACCAAUUCAAAUCCAUAUCGAUGGUCCAUUCGGUUCGUCUAGCCAGUAUGCACUUAACCAAAGACAAGUUAUUUUAGUUGGUGCUGGUAUUGGUGUUGCUCCAAUGGCUUCAUUAUUACAAGAUAUAACAAUGAAAAAAGAAAAAGUUUACAAUGAAGAUAGCAUUACAAAGCAAGAGAAUGAAACACACGAACAACAUUUAGAACGUUUCAAUGAAAUAAAAAGAAAACAUGGUUUAGGAGAGUUAGAGAAGGUUCACUUUUUCUGGUUAAAUAGAGAUCAAAAAUGCUUCCAAUGGUUUGAAGAUUUAUUAAUUGAUAUUUCAAAGAAUAGCAAUGACGUACCUAAAAUAUCCAUCAAUACUUUCAACACCAGAUGUUUCCCAAAGAAUGAUGUUAGAGUAUUUAUGGUUUGGAAUGGUUUAGAUAGAAUUUUCAAAGCACAAGGUCUAGAUCCAACAACCAAUUUACCAUUCAAAACUCACUGGGGUAGACCAAAUUGGGAUGCAAUCUUUGAAUACUACUCUAGAAAAUAUAGUGGCGAAACUAUCAGUGUAUUUUGUUGUGGUCCAUCCGAACUCUCAAAAGAACUGUAUGAAAAGUGUCGUUAUAACACAUCUUUAAAAUCAAAUGGAACCAAAUUUUAUUUCCAUAAAGAAAAUUUUUAAAAUACAAUAACAAUAAUUUUAUAAUACUUUUUUUUUUUUAUAAAAAUAAAAAUAAAAAAUAUAAAUAUUUUUUUUAAAACU